AGACUGUUGAUGGAUUUGCUUUUGCAUGAAUCGGUCGCGCAGUCAUUGCAACUGACUUCUCCGUAACGACGCUCAACCCACAUUAAUGGCAAGGUUAUACAUUUCUUAAAAGGUUAUUAUCAUUUACAAUGAGUGAUCAAGUGCUAGAGCAAAUCAGCGAAGCACAGGUGGAUGACGAGACGGAGAUUCAGCCUGGCACAGUCUUCUUGCUGAAGUGGCUCGCCGAGACCUGGGGAGAGGCGGGGAAGGGUGUCGUGCAGCAGUUCUUAGUUUUCUAUGCCCUGAUGCUUGUCGGAUUCGGAUUCCUUUAUCUGAUGAUGCGGAGUACUGCACAGCCCUGCUGGAUCUCUUAUAGAAACACGUGGAUGCGGACUUCCCUCGUCACUUUUUCCUCGCGCAAGACGAGGUUCCGUGUUGCCACGGAUUGGGCGUACUAUUGCGAAGGAACAGUGGAGUACUGGACGUCUUCAAAGUAAUAACUUGCUAGCUAAGUAGCCGCAAAAGGGAAAGAUGUGGCGAUGAAGCAUAGUACGGGCAUGUGUUUUGUGUGCAGUCGGCUGCAGUGGUUUCGGACUCUGGCAGUGAUAACAUUUACCACUUAAUAACCAAUGGGGAAAGAAAGAAAAUGCGUGGUGGAGUUGAAAAAAAGGCACAGGUGUUUUGUAUAGUAUUUAGUGAUGCAAAGGGAAGCAAGGGUGUCCAAGCGUGUAAGAGCACUAGGUUGCUUCCUCGGUGCGCAUACCAAGAGGGCUGACUUGACUUGACUGAGGUUAGCACCCGAAUUAGCGGUGACUAGCUGCACGGAGGCGACGAUUAAGGGUCAUGUGCAGGGCAGUAUAUGGUGCCAAAUGGAGAUGGAGACACCGCGCUGUGGUCCUCUUGCUGCUUCUGAGCAAAAGUCAAACAUAGGGCCCUGAUGACCAUCCUUACCUGCACCCGAUGGCACGCGGUGUGCGGUUCCUGCCCACAUUGCCGUGAAGUUGUUGGAAAUCCAGUGGGUUUACAACUUUGUGCCAUCUGUUGCCUCCUCACGUGAGAAACGUUUUUGUUGCGCUUGUGGUGGUUGUCGUAUAUCGAUGUACCCAUCCCUACCGUGCCC